AUGUAUCAACAAAUUGUAACUAGAAUAUCAAGAAGAGUUGUAAUAAAACACGGAAUAAAUGUGUCACGUGUAGCAAAAGCGAAUAUAAGAGCAUUUCAUUCAACACAUAUAAGAGCAUUCUCAAAUCCAAAAGACCCUCCCAACACUCCCCCCUCCCCGCUCAAACCAACCAAAGACGCCAUCAAGGAAGUUGGGGUGGAGGAAACUUUAUCGAACGAGACAACAUCAAACCCUACUGCCGGUGCAAAGGAGGAUAUCGAUAAAAUUGGACAAGCGCCUGACGAUGCACAGUCACAACAGUCUCGCGAUAGUAAUGGGUAUGAAGUUGCUGAUUUUGUCUUAAGAUCGGCAAGACGAAGACGUAUGGGAGCAACAUCGAGGGGGCGACUACGUACGGGCAAGAAUUUGGCGUUGUACAAGCCUGUUAUUCCAGACGAGUUUCUAAAAACAAACUAUAUUAGAUUCGCAGAGAAUUCCGCGUCAUUUGACGCAAUGGAAUAUCCUUUACAGGAGGGCAUUCGCCAAGAGAUUGUAUGCAGUGCGCGUGCUAAUUUGUUGGCAACUCCGACCAGCGAUUCUCUUCCUGCCAAACGUGGUCACCUUCUGCUAAACUGUCCGUUAGAAGGAGCAACUUACUAUCUUGAUGAUAUCGUCAAUAGUACUGCUGCAUGUUUGCAUGCAGAUCUCUUGAAGUUUGAUAGACAAGAUUUAAUGGAAUUAACAGCUGAUGCCUUUGCUCGGAAGAGCAAUAUUACCCCUUGGCCAUUAUUUCCUGAUCUGAAAGGCUUUAAUCCAUAUAUAUCUGCCUCCCCAUAUUCGACUGCAUCGUCCAUGUCAGCUGAAGAAGAUGUAGAUGAGGAAGUCUUCAUUGAAGAAGAAGAAACAUAUGACGCUUCUCAUCAUAUGACUAAAUUUCCUGCAUUUGAUAAUAAAGCAUACUCGGAAGCAUUACCCUUCAAUGGAUCAAACAAUACGGCAGCUACGCGAGGAGAUAUGAAAGCGAUUAUGGAUAAGAUCAAUAAGUUUUUUGAAGCUUUGGUUGCGGUGAAACCGUUAACAGAUUCAAACGAGCACACCGCGCGGAGAGAUGCUACAUCUAGAUUGAAAAUCAUUUAUUUUAAGGAUAUAGGAGAUAUACCGCCAUCCAAUUUUACAGUUCAAUUGGUUAAUUCGCUUGUUGAUGCAGUUCAGACUCGGAGAGGAAUGGGUGAGAGAAUUCUGAUCAUUGCUGGUUAUUCUCCAUCAUUGUUUGCAAUGGAGAAGAAACCAUCUUCAGCCUGUGUAGUACCACACGAAUUGCAUCUGAUGAAUUCAGACAUAUUUCCCAAUCCUGCAAUGCUGGUUUCGUUCACACACAUUGCCAUACCUCCUCCGUCAGAUGACGUGGCCAAGAAGCUUCUAGAUUUGAUUUCGCGUGAUAAGAAUUUAGCAAUAAGACAUCUUAAUACGCGGAACAUUAAAGCUGUGGGGGCGAGUAAAGGAGCAUAUUUCAAAUGCAAUACCAUUGAAGAAUUAGGUCAGAUAUUGUCUGGGUUGGAUGGAAUAGACACUGAAGUAUGGGGAUUCGAGCGAGUUCAUAGACUAGUAAUGAACGCAAUAGGAUUGGCACUUGAUAGGCAUGGUCCUGUAACUUCAAAUGGAAGAGUUGAUUUGGAGGCCGAUCACUUCAUUAGAGCCGCAAACAUUUUAAAAGUAAACCAGAACCUGCGCAAGAGUUUUGUAGAUUCGGUUUCAAAUAGUGCAAAAAUAGGGACCAAGGACGUUGAGAACGUGAUUAGCGUUCUUGGCGUUGGUGACGUUAAAGUGAACAUCGCCAACUCAAAGUCGCUUAAGCUAGGAGAACUUGAUAGGUAUGAAAAAAGGUUUUCAGGAUGUAUAGUAGAAACAGCUAAUAUACAGACGGGGUUCUCAGAUAUCCAUGUGACUCAGACAACAGUUGAGACGCUGCAAACGUUAAUAACAUUGCCUCUACUUCGACCAGAUUAUUUCUCUUACGGAGUUCUAAGGAAACAUUUCAUAUCCGGCGUGCUGUUGUUCGGUCCGCCCGGUACUGGAAAGACGAUGCUGGCGAAGGCUGUUGCUAAGGAAAGUGGGAGUACAGUACUGGAUAUCAAAUCUAGCGAUGUUUAUGAUAUGUAUGUCGGGGAAGGUGAGAAGAACGUUCGGGCAAUAUUCUCUUUGGCACGUAAAUUAUCCCCAUGUGUAAUAUUUCUGGACGAGGUUGAUGCCAUAUUUGGGUCUAGAAGAUCUGACAUAAAUAAUGGAGCACAUAGAGAAAUCAUCAAUCAGUUUAUGGCCGAAUGGGAUGGGCUGACAUCAAAGAAUGAAGGUGUACUUGUCAUGGGUGCAACCAAUCGUCCAUUUGAUAUUGAUGAUGCGAUUUUGCGAAGGAUGCCAAGAAGAAUUUUAGUUGAUUUACCAACAGAGAAAGACCGUGAACAGAUACUGCGUCUCCAUCUUCGUGACGAACAACUUGAUCCAGCAGUAUCAAUGGCUCACCUAGCUAAAACAACACAUCUUUAUUCUGGAUCCGAUUUAAAGAAUUUAUGCAUAAGCGCUGCAUUGGCCGCAAUACGUGAAGCCACUCGUUUAGACAUACUCACAAAACAAUCAACAAAGACAGUAAACAGUGAUGAUAGGGUGCACUCAACGUCUUUUCCAAGAAGAAUAUUAAGAUCCGAGCAUUUCCAGUUGGCACUCAAACAAAUAACGCCUUCAUGCUCGGAAGAUAUGACAAGUUUAAGCGAACUCAGGAAGUGGGAUGGUCUAUAUGGUGAUGGCGCAUGGAAUAGGAAGAAGAGAAUGAAAGGUAUAGGGUUUGAUGGUGGUUCAGAUGUAUCAGAUAUAUCAUCAGCAAAUGGACUAUAA